CUCUAUUGACCUACCACCCAUUCAGAGAGAGAGAGAGAGAAUUACAGUUCGUCUUCUUCUUCUUCUACUUUUUCCUUUACUUGACCGAUAGAAGCAGCAGCGAUGGCUCUGCGGACAUUGCUGAGCAGGAAAUCCCUAGGAAAUGUCGGAUUGGGGCUUCAGAGCGUACGCGGCUUGCAGACCUUCUCUCUUCCCGAUCUUCCCUACGACUAUAGCGCCUUGGAGCCGGUCAUCAGCGCCGAGAUUAUGCAGCUCCACCACAAAAAACAUCACCAGACCUACGUUACCAACUAUAAUAACUCCCUUGAGCAGCUCCACGACGCUAUCAACAAGGGCGAUACUCCGAAAGUCCUCAAGUUGCAGAGUGCCAUCAAGUUUAAUGGCGGAGGUCAUGUCAAUCAUUCAGUUUUCUGGAAAAACUUGGCUCCAGUUCGUGAAGGUGGUGGUGAGCCUCCCAAGGGUUCUUUAGAUUUGGCAAUUGAUGCAGAUUUUGGUUCACUUGAAGAUCUCAUCAAGAAAAUGAAUGCUGAAGGUGCUGCUUUACAGGGUUCUGGAUGGGUCUGGCUUGGGUUGAACAAGGAGCUGAAAAGGCUUGUGGUUGACACCACUCCAAAUCAGGACCCUUUGGUGAGUAAAGGGGCAAAUCUGGUUCCAUUGCUUGGCAUAGAUGUUUGGGAACAUGCAUAUUACUUACAGUACAAGAAUGUGAGGCCCGAUUACCUUAAGAACAUAUGGAAUGUUAUUAACUGGAAAUACGCAAGUGAAGUUUAUGAAGCAGAGUCUGCUGCCUGAAGUGGGGAACUAUAUGGCCACCUCUUGACUGUCUUCUUAAAGUGAUAGUCAACCAAUCUUUGUGUUCAAUAAGGCAUUAUCAUGUCAACUGUUUAACUUUUGGAGAUGCUCUUAUUACCAACAUGUUUUUUUUUCUGUAUCAGAGUUUGAAGUUUGUCUGAAAACUUGAAAAUAAAAUGUUUUUCAAUCUU